CACACACCCAGCAACAUGUCAGAAUACUGGGUAUCCAAAAAGCAGUACUGGUGCAAGUACUGCUCGAUCUUCAUCCGCGAUGACGCGCCGUCGAAGCGGCUGCACGAGAGCGGCCUCAAGCAUCAGGGCAACAAGGAGCGCUUCAUCCGCGACCUGUACAAGGGCGGCGAGCGGGCCAAGCGGGACAAGGAGAUCGAGGCGCAGGAGUAUGCGCGGAUCGAGGCGGCAGCAAAGUCGGCCCACGCAAAGGACAAAGGCAUGUCCGCGCCCGCGCCGGCCCCGCGGCGCGUCGCGAUCGCAUCGUCCUCGCGCACACGCACAGCGCCCUCAGGCGACAAGUUUGCCAACUACUCUAGCGCCGCGCAGCUGGGCUUCGACGACGAGGAGACCCAGCUGAGCAGCUACGAGAUCGAGCAGAUGGUGCGCGGGCGCGGGACGGCCGUCGGCGCGUGGGAGGAGGUCGUGGAGCCGAAAGUCGUGUACGGCGCCGACGGGCUGCCCGAGCUCAAGCGCAAGGCGGACGAGGCGGAGGUCGUCGACGAGGACGACCCGGACAGCUUCAAGUUCUCGCACCGGGAUAAGCGCCCCGUCCGCGACGUGUGGGACGACGACGACUGGGACCCCAAGGCGGCGCUGAGCGGGCUCAAGUUGAAGAGCAAGGGCUCGGCGGGGGACAAUCCGGCUGAGGCCAAACCCACGCCGGCACCAGCCGCGGCCCCCGUGGCGCCUGGCGCUGCGCUCGACCGCUCGGCGUGGAGUGGAAAGCUCGAGCUCGGAGCCGGGAGUAGUGGUGCGGCGGCGGCUCGGGCCGAGGGCGAGUCCGAGUCGAAGGAGGACAAGCCAGACGCACCAGACGCAGCGCCAGAGCCCAAGGCCGAGGACGAGGCCAAGCCUGCGGACGCAGCGCAGCUUGCCGACUCCAAGCCCGACGUCAAGCCCGGGGCAGAGGCCGCUGCCGCUGUCCCCGCGUCUGCAGAGCCGGCCGCCGAACCAGCCGCCCCUUCCUCCAUGUUCAAGAAGCGCCGCCCACCACCUUCCUCGCGCAAAAAGUAGACCUCACCACACCCCAAUGUACCAUAUGCAUGCA